AUGUCUCCACGUCCUGGUCUCCCGACCCCUCCGCCUAUCGGCGAUGAAGAGCGCAAGGAAUAUAUCGACAGCAUCGUACCGCUGGUUGCUGGCGAACCUGUCUGCUGUCCGGAGACCAUACGGUACGAGCGGAAGAUGGGAGACACCGAGCUCUCCUACUAUCUUCCCUCGCGGCAAGCCGGCGUGAAUGACAUGUAUCUUCACAUUGGUUUCAACGCCCCAGAACACCUUGUGCGACGUGCACGUGUGUGCACAGUGUGGGCCAUUCUCAGGCUCCGUCAUCCUCUUCUCGCGGCUAGAGCGGAGAUGCACGACUAUGAUGAUGUCCGCUUCGUGUACGACGCACCGUCAUCUCCGGAGAAUGCUUUCUCAGGUGCAGAUGAGAAUCUCGACUUCCGCGUACAGGGCAAAGACGAAUUAAUUGACACAUACCUUAAUGGGCCACGCACUCUCUCCAAUACCCGUCUUUCAUAUCUCGUCGUAUCCCAACCGGCGAAUGCGUCGAUGCCAACACCUCCCCCUACACCCUCCCCCUCCCGAAAAAACUCCCAGUUCGAUACUGCCGACGAUAUCACCCCUUCCUCUCUCGAACGUCAGUAUGAGCUGAUGCUCUGCGCGAUGCAUUUCCUCGGCGAUGGUAUGGCACUUCACCAAACAGCCAACCAUUUCUUCCAGCUACUCGGCGGCUCCAAGACAGAUGACGAGCUCACUGCGCAGCUCGCGGAGGAAUGGCAGGAUCGCUGGAAGCUCACGUUCUCUUCGACGUCUGUCUCCCCUGCAACCAACGUGAUCCCGAGGUCGCUGGAGGACAAUUUGCCCUCAUCUUCGGAUUCGCGUUUCAAGCGCGCCGCAGAACAAGUGGACUUCCACCUGUCUCAGGCAUCUUUGGUCGGAGGCCAGGCGUUCCCCAGGUGCAAGCAUCCAGAGCGGCAUACUAUCGUCCCCACCGUGUCGUACCCUCCAGAGUUGACCAAAGCGAUGCUACGCAAGUGCAAGGAGCACGGUGUGAGCAUCAGCGCGGCACUUUUUGCUGUGUGCAACGUCGCAUGGGCGCGUCUUGGCCGCACAAGUAGCGAGCUGCCCAUGAUGAUGUAUUCCGCGCUCAACCUCCGGCCGUACUUCACGAAAUCCAAGAGCCUAGAAGAAGAGAAGGAGAAGCUGCUGUGGGACUCGUACUGGUUCCUCGCGAUCGCGUAUUUCAAUGUCGUGCUGCCGAGCCUUCUUCCGACGGGAGCCGAGGCGCAGGAGCGCAUGUUCUGGCAUCGCGCACGGGAGGCGAAGACGCAGAGCGCGAAGGCGGUGAAAAACAAGAUGAUCGUUUCGCGCACACGAGAGAUGGCCAAGGAACGCGGGGUGCGUGCAAGAGCGUGGGGAAGGGAGGAUGACGAGAAGGAGAAUGGGACAUGGGUGCCCCCUCCGAAGACAUCUGAUGAUGCGCCAUCUGUGAAGAAGAUCCUUCCUGCGCGUGCGCCUGCAUCGUCUGCGGCCCUAAUGGGCCUGUCGCUCCUUGGAAACCUGGACGGGAUGUAUGCUCAUGCAACCUUCCCGGGGAUCAAGCUGCAUACCCUGACGACGGGUUCGCGACAACGGCACGGUGCGAUGCUGCUCUUCGGAUACACCUUCGCGGGGAAGCUGUGGGUGAGCUUGGGGUACGAUGAGAAUGGGUUCGAGGAAGGCGUGGUGGACGGCUUCUGGAAGGAGCUGGUAAGGUGUGUUGAGGAGUUCUUGGGAUAA